AUGAAUUGUGGUCUUGAGGUUCUGGAAUGUAUGGAGAAACUGGCUAAGGAGAAUUCUAAGAUAGCUUAUUACCAAAAAAAGUUAAAAUUAAUUUCAAUCAAAAACAUAUUAUUAUUGAUGAUUUUUAUGUGUAGAAUAAAUAAGGUAUUAUAAAUUUUGAAUAUAGAAUCAACUAUAAAGGAAAUUAGUCUAGGAGGACAUCAUAGUUUAUUAUUAUCAAAUAAAGGUAUUGUUUAUGCUUGUGGAUAUGCAUAACAUGGAUAAUUAGGUCAAGAAUCAAUUUCUUGGAAUAAAGAAGAAUUAAAUAAUUAUUUGCAGGAGGAAAUCAUUCUUGGGCAUUAAUUGAUUAUAAUCAACCCAGAAUUGAUGAUUAUUCUCCUCCUUCUCCUCUAAACGAAGAAGCUAAAAUAGAGAACAUUACUUAACCUCUUGAUCAAGGCAUAUAGGAUUUAGAAAUAGUUAUUACUGAAGUUAAAAUGCAUCAUAGAUUUGUCAAAAUUUAAGUGCCAGCAUAAUUUUAAACUACUAAUUAGGCUAAGAUUAAUGAUUACUUAAAUUUUAUGCAAAAAGAUCCAAAUACAAAAUUAAGUAAAAUUUAGAAUGAUGCUCUUGCUUUAGGAGUAAAAGAAGAAAAUAAUAAGUAUAUAUAUUUUUAUAGAUUUAGAUUAUCAUUUACUAUUAUGAUGGUAAUGGAUCUAUCAUCAUAGAAAAUGCCAUUUGAGGAUAUGGAUGAAGGCAAAGUGAAUCAAAUUGGUAAACAAUUUCUUGUAAAAAGAAGUACUUUCAAUAAAAAUUCUAUAUAUGAUUGGAUUAUAUAGGCUGAAAAGAUAAUGAACAUUCCAGGAAUUUCAAUUAAAUUCUUGGAACUCAGACCAUUAUAAUGA